UUCAUUCACUAGGAGCUAGCUAAUCGACCUGCAGCCAUGAAGAGAACCAUUGCUGCCGUCCUGCUAGUGCUUUCCCUCGGGGCCCUCGUCGCUGCCAUCGCCGACGACCAUGUAGACACCAUUCGUCUUCCGAGCAACGGUCUUGCUGAUGAAGUAGCGACGGCGGCUACGGAGAAGAAGAGGCCGUGGAAGUGCUGCGACAGCCCGUUGUGCAGCAGGUCCAUCCCGCCGCGGUGCCGCUGCAUGGACGCGGUGGAGCAGUGCGACGAGGCCUGCACCCGGUGCGAGGCGUCCCAGUCCGACCCUUCCAAGCGGAUGUGCAACGACCGGUACCAUGGCUGGCCCGGGCCAAACUGCACCGAGCCCGACGCCGACGACAUCCCAAGUGGUACUGGUCCAGGAGUUUCUGGUCCACCGGUCGUUGGUCAGGAAGCGACGGCGGCGAUGGCAACGGAGACGUCUGUUAGCGAGGAGAGCGCCGCCGUCGGCGAGGAGAAGCCGAGGCCAUGGAAAUGCUGUGACCACCCCCUGUGCACGAGGUCUUCCCCGCCUACCUGCUUCUGCCACGACAAGGUGAAGAAGUGCGCCAAGACCUGCAAGAAGUGCCUCAAGGACGAGUCAGGCUCUUCCCUCCGCGUGUGCGGCGACCGGUACUUCGGCUGGGCCGGGCCCAGGUGCCACGAGAUCUAGCCUGGCCGCCGCCGUCCGCCGCGGAUGUCCAUGCACGCUCAGCUCUAUCUUUGCACCGGGUGAUGGUGAACGAAUAAAGCGAGACGGCCGGCCGGUCAGUGGCCUGGUGUACCGAGUCACGGAGUUCUGUGUCGCACUGUAGUAGGUGCGCACGUACGUGUAGUUUUGUUCCGGGUUGUCGUUGUAGCGCUAGUAGUGUUUAGUUGCAUGGUCUCAACAUUGAUGAAUAAGAUAAGUUGUGUUGAUCAGACA